AUGUCCUGGAAAAACGCCAACUGCCAUACGCGCAUUCUCCGCGAUGCCGAAAAUGGCCACUAUGGGGUCAUUGCCGCCAUCGCAUACAACAUCGAACAAAUUUUGGGCCUAGUCAAAGCAGCAGAAACUGCACGCUCACCACUCAUUAUUCAAUUUUUUCCUUGGGCCAUUGAAUCUACAGAUGGCUUGCUGAUACGUGCCGCUACCGACGCCGCCAAGCGUUCAAGUGUGCCUAUCAGUAUUCACCUCGACCAUGCUCAAUCUCCAGCAAUCAUCAAGCGUGCAGCAGAGCUUCCCUUCGAUAGCAUUAUGGUUGAUAUGUCACAUUACGAAAAGGAAGAGAACUUGCAGAAGACCCGAGAACUGGUUCAAUAUUGCAAUGAACGCGAAAAGGCCACGGAAGCCGAGCCGGGUCGUAUUGAAGGAGGAGAGGACGGAGUCAUGGAUACAGCGGGACUGCAAGCUUGUAUGACAACCGCUGAGGAGGCAGACGAAUUUAUCGACACGGGUGUGGAUGUCCUCGCCCCUUCGUUUGGCAAUGUCCAUGGUGAGUACGGCCCGCGCGGUCCGCAGCUGGAUUUCGACAGAUUUGAAAAAGUCAAAGCUCAAGCAAAUGGUAGAAUUAAUUUGGCUCUACAUGGCACCAACGGAUUUGCCCCGGAGCUGAUGAAGCGCUGUGUGGCCGCCGGUGUUACCAAAAUCAACGUGAACCGGCUGGUCUUAGAUGACUAUUAUGACCACCUUCAUGCAAAUGUUGGGAAAAUGCCGCACACGCAGCUUAUUGAAGAGGGAAUUCAGAAGGUGACAGAUCUCACCAUUAAAUGGAUGGAAAUCUGUGGGUCGGCGGGUAAGGCAUGA